GUGUCAACGACAAUUGUAUCGAGAAAUAAUAAUAAAUAAUAAUAAACAAAUUCGAAAAAAAAAUUCUAAAAAUAUGAAAAUCUUAUUUGCCUUCCUCCUGUGCGCCUGCGGCAUUGCAAUUACGCUGGCAGCACCGCAAUACACGUAUGUGGAUCCUUACACAACAUCCUUGCCGCAAUUCUCGCAGCUGAGCUCCACACCAUACACCGGGUAUGGACAAAAUAUACGUAUAUGGCCCUGGGUUAUUGGGCAAUAUGCCUACCCAAGUUACCAGUAUUACUCAACCUACUGGAAUAAUUUAAACAAUAAUCCUUCCAGCUAUCCAUACAACAGCAACGGUUAUAAUGGCUACAUCAAUUACAACGGCUAUAACGGCUAUAACGGCUAUAAUCCAUACAAUAUCUUUAAUAAGUACAAUUCAUACAAUCCAUACAAUCCUUACAACCGAAAUACGGGCACAAAUACCUAUUGGAACGGUUAUGCUUGGGUCAACAGUUUUCGUUCGACGCAGGCAGGGAAGAAGUGAGACUGAGCUGAGAGCAGAGUUUGUAGCAGAAUUCUUACUGUAUUUUGUAUUUGUAUUAUUAUUUACACUCAU